CUAUCUAUCUAUCUAUCUAUCUAAAUUAAGAAAUUUUAUAUAUGUAUUUGGGUUCAUCUUGCUGCUCCUCUCACUCAAAGUACGAUAUUUCAAGAAAUAUCGCCUUUUUGUACCAACCCUAUUUGCUGCUUGCACUUGGAUGAACUUCCUGAUGAGAGAUCCAGUCAUACAGGGAUCAAGUAUGGCAUAUAAUCCGUUUAUACCUCACCGGGGUCCGGAAUUUGCCUUUAGCGCGAUGCUGGGUCACCAGCCGCCUUUCUUCUCGGCACUGGCGCUCCCUCCCAGCGGUUCCCUGUCUCUACCGGGCGCCCUGGGGAAGCCGACUAUGGACCAGCUGAUGGGAGCCGCCGACACGGGCCAGCACUUCUCGCUGGGGCACCAAGCCGCGGCCGCGCACCUAAGGCCUCUGAAGACUCUGGAGCCCGAGGAACAGGUGGAGGACGACCCCAAAGUUCUCCUGGAAGCCAAGGAGCUCUGGGAACUCUUCCACAAAAAAGGCACGGAGAUGGUGAUCACUAAAUCCGGAAGGCGGAUGUUUCCUCCGUUCCAAGUGAGGUGCAUUGGUCUGGAAAGGAAGGCCAAGUAUAUCCUCUUGAUGGACAUCGUCGCAGCUGACGACUGCAGGUACAAGUUCCACAACUCCCGCUGGAUGGUGGCAGGGAAGGCUGACCCCUUUGUACAUCCGGGUGGAUGUACAAAGAGGAUGUACAUCCACCCGGACAGCCCCGCCACGGGUGAACAGUGGAUGUCGAAAGUGGUGAACUUCUACAAGCUCAAGCUGACAAACAACAUCUCCGACAAGCAUGGAUUUGUAAGUUCAACUAAUGUAUGUCAAUUUUUACUAUUUAUCAAAUUACUAUUUUUUUUUUCUCAUGCAGAUUUCUGUGACAGCGAGGAGGACAGUGACGACGAGAGCAAGGAUGGCAACCCUAAACACGAUCUGGACUCCAGUAAGAUCUCCACCACCACUGGGGACGGAAAGGAUCACGAGGCCAGCCCGGCUAAAGGACAUCCCUUCAGUAGCAGCGACUCCACGGGCAGGAGAACUGAGAAAAGUCAGGCGGACUCUCGGCAGAGUCCCAUCACCGUCAUCUCCAGCACCACGUGUUUUGGGGAAGAACUCAAGUGUCCGAUUCUGGACCAGUCCAAAACAGACGAAUGUAGGUCGAUAAGCAAGGACAGCUUCAUUCCUUUGACUGUUCAAACUGACACCGCAUACAUGGGCCACAACCACUUGCAUAACUUUGGAUUUCCACCGGGGCUGACAGGACAGCAGUUUUUCAAUCAUCUGGGGAGCGUGCAUCCGUUCCUCUUGCACGCCAGUCAGUUCAACAUGGGGGGUGCGUUCUCGAACAUGGCUGCUGGAAUGGAACCCUUACUAGCAGUGGUGUCUUCGGGAGGGGUGAGCACCAUUGACACAGCCAGCAUGGCAUCCCCGCCACAGAGCUUGACAGGGGCACCGGGCCUGCCCUUUCACCUGCAGCAGCAUGUCCUGGCAUCACAGGGCCUCGCCAUGUCACCGUUCGGCAGUUUGUUACCGUAUCCCUACACCUACAUGGCAGCAGCGGCCGCCGCCUCGUCCUCGGUGCACCGACACCCAUUUCUGAACGCGGUGCGCCCCCGCCUCAGGUACAGCCCUUACUCCCUCCCCAUGACGGUGCCGGACAGCACGCUGCUCACCACAGCCGUGCCCCCCAUGCCUACCGGCGCAGGAGGCGGUGGUGGGUCCGAGCUGAAAGCGGACGGGCUGGUUCCGGCCAGCUCCGCGGUCACCCUGGACUCCACCUCGGAGGUGACCAGCCACUCCUCUGGGAUACCCUCCGCGUCCCCGAAAGCCUGCGCGGAGAAGGACGCUGUCAAGGAGCUGCAGAGCAUCCAGCGCCUGGUGAGCGGACUGGAGUCCAGUCAGGACAGAUCCAGGAGCGGAUCCCAGUAGCCCCUCCACACCCACAGCCCACCUGCUGCUCCUCUGGUUGCUGUCAGGAAAAGCGAACCGUCAUGACGGUGAUGAAGACUCGUGCAGGUUUUUAAUAGAACAAAAUAAAAUAAAAUAAAAACUAAAAACUUUUAGUUUCUGAAAUGUACUUUGUUUAUUACACACCUAAAAUGUAUUUUUCUAUCUCCUCCGCGGCUUCCCCUGUUCUUAAUUUAUUGUUGACACACCUGUGUAAAGGCAGU